AUGGCAUUGACUAAAAUCUUGCAGACCAAAAGCAUCCUAAUUUAUGAAAAUCUAAGAGAAAUUGUUAUUCCACCAAGUCACAAAGCCGAGAUAUUCAUUGCAUCCAUGCUGAGUGUUGAAUCGAUCAUUGGAAUAAUAAUGUUCGGAAGUCCCUAUAUCAUAUCCAUACUUCCAUGUACAGAUAGCAAAGCACUACAGGCGAUGUCUACACUAAAAGGGUGUACACAAAAGCAAAAUUGUGGUAAACAGUGUCCAUUCAAUACCAAGUGGCUUCGUAACUUAAAAGAAGUUAUCAGUUGUAGUGGGACAUCUGAAGAGGGAAUGGCUGCCUCCAUGUGGUAUCUCUGGUUGAAAUCCACAUCUGUAAUUGACCAAGUGAAUAAUUUCGUGUUAAAAUGGAAAGAUGAAGCCUAG